AUGCCCAGCAGAACUGCCCGCUAUGCUCGCUACAGCCCCAGACAGCGGCGGCGGCGGCUGUUGGCCGAUCGCAGCGUGCGUUUCCCUAAUGAUGUUCUCUUCUUGGACCACAUCCGUCAAGGCGACCUGGAGCAGGUGGGACGCUUUAUCCGGGCUCGCAAAGUCUCCUUGGACACUAUCCACCCCUCAGGCCUGGCCGCUCUGCAUGAAGCUGUGCUCUCUGGAAACCUGGACUGUGUAAAGUUGCUGGUCAAAUAUGGUGCGGACAUUCACCAGCGAGAUGAGACUGGCUGGACACCUCUGCAUAUUGCUUGCAGCGAUGGGUACCCUGACAUAGCCAGGUAUCUCAUCUCUUUGGGAGCAGACAGGGAUGCAGCCAACGAUGAUGGCGAUCUGCCCUCCGACCUUAUUGACCCAGACUUCAAGGACUUGGUGGAACUCUUCAAAGGAACCAGUAUGGACUGAGGGACUGAGCCAGCCCUGUCCUUGGGUUUGUGCCUCCCUGGAGGAGAGGCAAGCACCUUGCCCUAGGGGCCAAGGUGUGCGCACUGAGCCGCACUGAGCGUGCCAGGGAGGCAGCCAGGAUGCUAGGACUUGUCGUGGGGGCACGACUUCCCCUGCCCCCAAACCCAUUUUCUCUGGCCUGACUUUUUCUCCAGGCUUUACU